CAUAACAAUCUGGCAACUCUCCGCCGCAUUGUUGUUGUGAUUCUCUUGUCAUUAUUUUGCAAUCAAUUGCUGAACAAUUUUGCACGGAAGAAUUGUGGAAAAUAAGCCAUGCAGCGACAGAUCAUCAAUCUCCUGGGACAGACGACGCGUCGUCUGGUUAGCGGCCAGCAAAUCCGCAUGUUGUCAGUUUCUUCGCCGCGACAGGAGAUCUUCAAAGUCCAGAGCGCCGAGGACUUCGACAAGAAAGUAAAGAACAGUCAGCAGCCCGUGAUUGUGGACUUCUUCGCAACAUGGUGCAAUCCCUGCAAGCUGCUGACCCCGCGAAUCGAGAGUAUUGUCGGCGAACAGGCCGGUUCCAUCAAGCUGGCCAAAGUGGACAUAGAUGAGCACAGCGAACUGGCUUUGGACUACGAUGUGGCCGCCGUACCCGUCCUGGUGGUGCUGCAAAACGGCAAGGAAGUUCAGCGCAUGGUGGGCCUUCAGGAUGAGGACAAAAUCCGUGCCUGGGUUGCCGCCGCCGUCAAGCAGGCCAAGUAAUCCCAAAGAAAUCAAAAAAAAGGAGGUUGACCUCCUCGCAAAUAAAGCAGAGCUUUAGGUUAAUUCGGACUUUCGAAAUAAAUGUUUAUAUACCCGUUGAAA